CUUUAUCCCUUGCCACUUUUCUUCUGCUUCGCUCCCACCCUGCAAGUCAGCAUACAAUUUUCCAAUCAAAUGGAGGGAGGCAAACAGAGAUAAGAUAUAAAAAUCAUCAAACAGGUCAAAGCUGGCUCAACCCCUCAUAAGAAGGAGUUCAUAUUCUUAAGAAUAACAUACAGACAGAUAUUCCAAAGUCAAUCUCUGGUUACUGCCUGAAAAUGUUGUUUACGCUUGGACUUCUCCUCCUUCUCACACCAUUUGCUUCACUUCAAACUAGCACCAAUCAGAAGAGAAACUCUGCAGGAAAUGCCUUGACUAAAACCAAUGUUGCUUUCACCGUUCCAAAACAAAAAAACAGCAGUCCCGCUAAACUGACCGGUCGUCCCACCCUAAAUCCAAACAUCAAUCAAACAGUUUUACCGACCCCUCUCCCCAACCAAAAACCUCCAGUGAUAAACGCUACAGUAAACACCAGAGGUAAACCCAGACCAACCGUAAACUCGACCACUGUGACCCCAUCAGUGAAGACAUCCACAGCGAGUGGAACUGUAACCAAGAAAGACAAGCUCACAGUGUCAGUUAAUCAGACAAGUUUAGCUAAAUCCACAAGAGGCAAUGAAGUGAAGGUUAUAAAGGACAAUCCUGGACGUACUGAAACCUUCAAUGAUCAGUCAGGAUCCACAAGGUCAGCAUCAGUCAACGGUACGAAAACCACUCAAGACAAACUCCAACUUAAUGUCAAUCAGACUGCUUUUGAAAAAUCUCAUUCAGACAGCAAUGGGAAGAUUGCCAAAGUCAAGCCAGGCCCCACCGUAGUUCAAAAUGCUCAGUCAAUAUCCACAAAGUCAGCCAGCGGGACUAAAACCACCAGAAACAAGUUCUCAGCCUCUGUCAAUCAGACUGUUGUGAAAUCUCCCUCCACCGGAGAAAUGAAGAACACUAAAGAAAGGCCUGCCCCCACAGUCCAAAGUCCUCUCUCAACUUCAGCAAAGGCCUCUACAACCAGCGGUUCUGCAGCUGUCAAAGAGAAGACCAUGGUCCAUGAUAAUCAGACUGUAAGUGUCAAAGAUUUGAAGAAGGUUCCAACUGUCACGGCUGCAAAGGUCGCUGCAACCAGUGCCCCAGCAAGUGUAAAACCUCGGAUCACAUCCACUGCUGAUCCUGCAGUUGUGGUCAAAUCUCCUUCUACCAGUGAUGUGAAGAAUUCCAAACUCACAGAUCAAACCUCUGCGGACCAGGCAACUGUAAACAAGGCUCCCAGCGAUACCAAAGUAAAGACUGCCCCUUCACAGCCAAUCAAGGUGGUUAUUGCUAAUGACUGUGAAUCAAGCAACACCAAAGAGCAUGAAAUGAGCCUAAAACCUGGUACUCCAGUGGUCAUGACACAUAAGAUCAGUUUGAUCCCCACUGGCUGUACUGGCAGUUGUGAGUCCGAGAUGGCUGAGUUGAAAGGACGCUUGGCCAGGUUGGAGAGAGAGAUGUCUUCGAUGAAGAACAAAUGUCCAUGUUCUGCAAAUUGUCCAAAUGAUUGUAGUGACAAUGGAGAAUGUCAGAAAGGAAAAUGCAUCUGCAAGGAAGGAUUCAUGGGCCCAGACUGCAGUACCUGUGCACGAGGAGCCGACUGUAAUAAAAGAGAAGCCAAAGGGACGAUCAAGGUAAAAUUGGACACAGAGGUCCAGAAAGAGAAUAAAGAAAGAACCACUAUGAAGGAAAAUAUAGAGGACAGAACAAAAAUGGUAGCGCAGGUGCAACUGGAAAAGAAGGACCAGAAGAAGGGGACUAAUGCCAAGGAGACUGACACGAAAUCAAAGUUAGCCACUACUGCAAAAUUAGGUCUUGCAAAUGCACAAAUAAAUGUGGAUGCUUCUGAGAAGAGAAUUACGAUAAAAGGUUCCACAAAGGCCACUGUCCCUACUGUUGGCCAGAUUUUGCUGAAGCAUGAUGGCAGAAAGCAAGAGGAGUCCCAAAAAGGCAAAACUAUGACAUCAGGUACAAAAAAGACAGAGUUUAAAAUUAUCAAAGAAGGAACCGUGGUUAAAUCAUAUUCAAAAUCAGAUCAACUCAAAGAUGAACCUCACUCCAACAUAACCCAGAGUGGUGUCACUAAUUUAAACGGAACGGCGAAAUUAGGAAAAAUUCUUACCAGGAUUGUGGCAACAAACAAAACCUUGGCUGGAAAGGAGACCAAGGAGCAGUUCACAGUCACUGGAAAGAAUUCAACUCAAUCAUCAGGGUCAAAGCAGAUUAAAAAUGUAAAAUUGCACUCUGUUGAUGAAAACACUGAAAAACAGACCGGUACUACAAAAGUGUCUACUGUUGAAGACAUAAUCAUGGAUCCUACCAAAACCAAACAAGGGAGAUAUUCAGUAACGGAUGGUAAAACCGGACAUACGUCCACAUCUGUGGUCUCUGGUGAUGACAGAAAAUCAGAUGCGAGCAAGAAAACUUUGCAUUCUGUUGAUGGCAAAACCGGACAAGGCAGACAUAUUACAACCGAGCACUCUGCCGAUGCUAGCAAGACUGGAAGAGGGAGGGAUACCAUCAAAUUGCAUCCUGUUGUUGCCAAGACUGAUCAAGGCAGACCUGCUACGACUACCCAGGUGGUGGACAACAGAAACAUAGAUGCUAGUAAGACUGGGAAAUUGAAAAUCAUUAAAACUUUGCACUCUAUUGAUGGCAAGACUGAACAAGGCAGAGCAACUACAACUGCCGUUCGUAAGACUGAACAAGGCAGACAUACUGUGCAUUACGUUGAUGACAGGAAGACAGAUGCUAGCAAGACUGAAAAUGAGAGAGAUACUGGAGCAGAGCGUUCUGGACAAGGCAGUCGUGCGCACUCUACUGACAACAAAAACACAGAUGCUAUCAAAACUGGGCAAGGUAGGAGUACCAAUACAGUGGUCUCUGUAGAUGCCAAAACUGGAAAAGGAAAAGAUACUUCAACUGUACAUACUUCUAUCGAUACCACAGAUGCAAGCAAGAUAGGAAAAGGGAGUGUCACAGUGAAGAGUCAAUACAUCGUGGAUGCCUCGAUUGUAGCUACUUCAGAGAACAAAGCUCGAGUUUCCCAGAGCCAAACAACUACCCAUGGCGGCUCUAUGACGAGUGCCACAAAAACAGGAGGGUUGGGUUCUGUGAAGGUUGUAAACAUCUCUUCCCAUAGCUUCAUCAUCUCAUGGUCAGCACCACAAGGAAUGUUCAAGAACUUCACAGUGAUUAGAAGAGAACCACAAGCAGAAGGCGAUGAGGAGGACUUUCAAGAGUUUGAAGAGGAAGCUUUUGGGGGAGAGAAUGUUCAGGCAGCAAAAAACAAAAUGGAGGUCCAGGUACACAAGGAGAGCACUUCCUCUUCAAGUAAAGUUAUAGCAUCAAGAAGUAAAACAGAAACCAAGAGGAUCAUGCUGGCGGUGCCUGGCAAUGUGCGAUCUGUGGAGUUUAGUAACCUUCGCACAAACACGCGCUAUUUCCUAUACGUAUAUGGAACUGCAGUGGACAGAAAAUCCAAGAUUCACAAAAUUAUUGCAACUACAGGUCCUGAGCCAGCCACAGAUAUGGUUUUUAGCAACAUAACAGAGACAUCAUUGAUGGUCUCAUGGUCCAAACCCAAGACGACAAUAACGGGCUACACAAUCACGUACACCCACAUUGUCACAGGUGAGACCCAUUCAGUAAAUCUGGACUCCCGACAGACUCAUGUGGUUCUUUCCAAGUUGUCUGCUGGAUCUUCCUAUAUAAUCACUGUCACCACAACACAAGGCAGAGUCCAGAGUGAUGCUCUUGUGUCCAUUAUCACAACAGUUCCCGCACCACCAACCCACCUCCGGGCUAUCAAUGUGACAGACACCAGAGCAGUGCUGCAAUGGACUCCCAGUUUGGGCAAGGUAGACCGUUUCAUCAUCAGCUACGAAUCCUCCAAGACUCCUAAUGUAACCGUGACGGUGAUGGUGUCAGGAAACUCAGUGGAGCACCAGCUGAGAGGCCUGCAGAGAGGCACCGUGUACACCAUCAAAGUCCUGAGCCAGAAGGACAGUCUUCAGAGUGCAGCCAUUACAACUAGUUUCACAACUGCAAAUGUGGUCAAAGCCAGCGAAGUGGGUGCACGUUCUGCUUUGAUUGUUUGGAGAAGUUCUACUGUGGUUUAUCACAGCUACAGACUGAUCUACCAAGUGGUUGGAGAGGAGGCAAUGGAGUUAAUUCUGGAGCCCACCAUCACGGAGUAUAAACUGACAGGGCUAUUACCGAUGUCACGCUAUAACAUUCUGGUAGAAGGCGAGAGAGAUGGACAUUACACGUCAAUUGUUACCACGGAAUUCAUCACAGGGAAGCUGCGUUUCCCCUACCCGACUGAGUGCUCUCAAGAGCUGCUGAAUGGAGCUCUUCAGUCUGGAGAGGUAGACAUCUACCCCCAGGGGAAAGAUGGCCAGGUCCUGAGAGUCUACUGCGACAUGGAGACUGAUGGAGGCGGUUGGACGGUGUUCCAAAGAAGAAUGAGUGGAAAAACUGAUUUCUACAGGACCUGGAGUGAAUACAGAACCGGUUUUGGAAACCUUAGUGAAGAGUUCUGGCUCGGAAAUGAGAUUCUCCACAACUUGACCAGCAUUGGUCCUGUGAGCUUGAGGGUAGACCUGCGAUCCGGAAAUGAAACCGCUUAUUCUCACUACGCUAACUUUUCCAUUGAUUCUGAGGAGAAUUAUUUUGCCCUCACUGCGUCUGGAUACACAGGAACAGCAGGUGACUCUAUGAAGUACCACAAUGAUCGUCCGUUCUCAACCCGGGAUAAGGAUCCUGACUCAUUGGGUAUCCACUGUUCCCGGGCUUAUAUGGGAGGCUGGUGGUAUAAGAACUGCUACAAAACCAACCUCAAUGGCCUUUAUGGCAUCAACACAAAUAAUCAGGGAGUGGUGUGGAUAGACUGGAAAGGCAAAGACUCCUCCAUCCCCUUUACCGAGAUGAAGUUUAGACCAUCUAGGUUCUCUCCUGCAACACAUGGCUAAGGGUGAUCGAGCUCCCACGACGAACUCCAGAUGAAGGAGGAGUCUCAUAGUUGUGUAUCACUUUUCAACAGUUUGUUUUCUGAGUGUUUCACUUUAACGGAAUCUUAUCUUUGUUGAUCUGUUGACAUUUCCAUUUUUUUUUUUUUGUCCGGCCCAUCCAGUUCAACAGGGUGGCGUUUGACUCAUCUCACUACUACUGUAAAUAUGCACUGUUUCAUUCAGUUGAAAUAAAUGUGGGUUUGGUUUUACAUUAAAAACAUCCCGUUACGGGAAAA